AUCUUAUUUAAAAUUAAAAUACAAAUUUUAUUCUUUUUUAAUAAACUUCAGAUUACAUUCCAUUACGAUUCCCAGUUUUGGAGCAACAGAAGUACUUACAACCUUCCAGGAGGUAAGACUGGCUUUGACUUACAAGAGACAAAGUUACCGACGUACUGGACCACAUCCUUCUCCAAGAUCUGUCUCGGUACGAAGAUCAACAAUCAAUCAGAUUCUUUGUCAUUAAGAAGGAGGGUGACUCACUUCACUCCCUUAUCGCUGAUGGGAAAUACCGCGCCACCUCAGUUGGAAGUUGCUGAUUGGCUCACAGGCCUCCAUGCAGUCCCACUGCAAUAGGGAAGGAUUAAAUGUUGUGGGAGACCCUCAUCAAUCCAAAGCAAGAAUCGGAAUCACCGCUAACCAGGAGAAUGACUGUAUUACCUGUGACUCUCGAAUUGGUUUGGCACAGGAGGUCUAUAUGAUGACUCCAACACGUGUGGAAAUGAGGCAACGCUCAGGCCAGAUAAUGGCAACAGGCAUAUUAAAGCCAUGGGGUACAUCCUGGUGCUAUGGCAGGGGACACAGUUAA